GAGGUUUAUAAGGCAGCGUCGGGAGCGUGCACAUCAUUCCCCUGGCAGUACUGCCAGCAGACAGUCCAGCACCAAGUCAGCGCAACAUCAUGUGGUACCUGCUCCUCCUGGUCUCGGCGGUGUCCGCCCAAAUCCCAUCGCUGGGAUGGUGCCCGGAUUAUCAGCCGAUGGCAAACUUCAACGUGAACCGGUUUUUGGGUUCCUGGUACGAAGCUGAGAGAUACUUCACCGUGUCUGAGCUCGGCAGCCGCUGCGUCAAGACGAAAUAUGAGAGCACCCCCGAAGGCAGGAUCCUGGUCUCCAACGAGAUUACUAACUCUUUAACUGGCUUAAAGCGCGUGAUGGAGGGUUCUCUCCAGACCAUCGGCCGCGAGGGCGAGGGUCGUAUCAUCGUCAAGUACUCCUCCCUGCCCGUGCCCUACGAGAACGAGUACAGCAUCCUCGACACUGACUACGACAACUACGCCGUCAUGUGGUCCUGCAGCGGCAUCGGCCCUGUGCAUAUCCAAAACGCUUGGAUCCUAACCCGUGACAGACUAGCGCCGCCCAUGGUGAUGCAGUACGCAUACGCUGCGUUGGAUAGAUACAAGAUCUCCAGAACUUUCUUCGUGAAGACCAACCAGGCCGACUGCAACGUCCUGCCCCUACCAGCCGCCACUGCCUUGCAGAGUGACGAGUUCGUCGUAGACCUCAAGAAGAGCCCAAUCACUGAAGAAGCUAAGGAAGACGUUGUGCCUCUAGAGAAAAGCGUUCCAGUAGUCAUUCCAGAGGUGAUCAGAGAGAACGUCCCAGUAGAACGCUCAGCCGCACCAGAAAUCCCAGAAGAACCGAAACCAGCGAUGCAAGAACUUGAAAAGAAGGAGGAGAAAAAACCAGAAGAAAUGAAAGAUGACAAAGAAAAGAAGACUGAAAUCAAGGAGAAGAAAGUCGGAAGAAAGUACAUUCAUAGGAAUCAUUGAAUUAUGAGAAGUAUCUAAACAAUGGGGCUACUCAACCAAAAAUUGUAUUAGAUACAAGAAAGCCGCUCAAUUUAGCAUAGUCAAUAAAUACUAAGCAAAUGGAAAUCAGACCGAAAAUAAACUGAUAAAAACUAA